UCAUCAUCUCGCCGCUCACAGCUUUCAUAAUGGCUUUGCCGAAUCAGCAAACUGUUGAUUACCCUAGUUUCAAGCUUGUAAUUGUUGGCGAUGGUGGCACUGGAAAAACUACAUUCGUAAAGAGACAUUUGACUGGAGAAUUUGAGAAGAAAUACGAACCAACCAUUGGUGUGGAAGUACAUCCCCUGGAUUUCUUCACCAACUGUGGAAAGAUCCGAUUUUACUGCUGGGAUACAGCUGGUCAGGAGAAAUUUGGUGGUCUUCGAGAUGGAUAUUACAUCCAUGGUCAAUGUGCAAUCAUCAUGUUUGAUGUAACUGCAAGGUUGACGUACAAAAAUGUUCCAACAUGGCAUCGUGAUCUUUGCAGGGUCUGUGAGAACAUCCCGAUCGUUCUUUGUGGUAACAAGGUUGAUGUGAAGAACCGUCAAGUGAAGGCAAAGCAAGUGACUUUCCACAGAAAGAAGAACCUACAGUAUUAUGAAAUAUCUGCCAAGAGUAAUUACAAUUUUGAGAAGCCCUUCCUCUAUCUUGCUAGGAAACUUGCCGGGGAUGCUAAUUUGCAUUUUGUGGAGUCUCCUGCACUUGCUCCUCCAGAAGUGCAAAUUGACAUGGCUGCUCAACAACAGCAUGAGGCAGAGCUUCUUCAAGCAGCAAGCCAGCCUCUUCCAGAUGAUGAUGAUGAUACUUUUGAGUAAAAGAAUAUGUAUGGUGUCAUGGUUUCUUUGUGUUGGGAGGGAGAGAUUGAAAAAACUUGUAGGGUUUUGAUGAAUUUUAGCAUCUUAUUUGAUUGAGAACAUGAAAGGGGUUUUUUUUGCAUAUUGUGUUCAUUGUGGAUGUAGAGGUGAAGGAAGGAAUGUACGUGUGAUGGCAUUGCAUCUUCAUGAUUCAGCCUCUACUUUUGCAUUUUGCUUCCAAAAACCUAAUGGAAUCACUGUUUUUUUAACAAA